CGUCGCUACGAAAUCGCCGUCCCAUUUUAUUGUCGAACCACCACAAACGGCUGAAUUUAACCUCAAAAUUGACAUAAUUUAAUGAACUGUUUAAAUAAUUGUGUAUUAUGUUAUGUUUAAAAUUUCCAAUUAGUGUGUGUUAUGAAGUGAAAUCUGGAUAAUCCUUUUACGUGAGUGAAUGUGGACAGACUGUUAAAAAUAUUAAAUCCACGAUGUACAGUGCACUGAUAAUUACGUUAUUGCUGUGGAAACAUGGUGUCGUGGAAAGCAUUCGUAUCCUCGAUCUCCGAGUGCCAGGUCACGCUGCAGAGGGCGGCCAAGCUUUAUUGGGCUGUCAGUUUGAUCUAGAAGGGGACGACCUGUACUCAGUCAAGUGGUACAAAGGCGGCAGAGAAUUCUACCGCUAUGUUCCUUCAAAUAGCGAAUCAACGACCUAUUUUUACGUUCCCGGUGUUUUCGUUGAUAUAUCCCGAUCAUCCAGUACGGUUGUAACUCUUGAACACAUAACGCAAGAUUCUGGUGGUCGCUAUCGCUGUGAGGUAUCGGGAGAAGCACCUUACUUCGUUACAGUUUCUGACGACAAAGACAUCAGUAUACAUCUUCUACCAAACCAUGCGCCGAAAAUGAUAGGUCUUAAAAAUGAAUUGAGAGUUGGUGACUUACUCGUAGUUAACUGUACGUCACCGAGAUCUCGUCCUAAAGCGCAAAUAAAAUGGCUAAUUAACGACCUACCAGCUCCUAAGAAUUACAUACGAGGCCCCUGGGACAAAACAUCAAGAGAACGUUCUGAUGCUCGGGAUACAAUCUUAGAAUUGAGUUUUAUUGUAAGGCAGAACCACUUCCAUGAAGGCGUGCUGACACUUAAGUGUCAAGCUUCUCUCGCUCCACUUUACCAAGAAGAAGUUAUUCACCAUAUUUUACAAGUAACUGAGCCGACACAAAUUGACAACUCUUAUUCUGCACUGAACGACUACGAAGAGACCGUUUUCAAGGAAAACACGGACUUUUUGCCGGCGGCCGAAUCGCAAAGUGAUAGAGAUAUUCAAGGUUCAUUUAUUUCAUACAAGAAAGCAGCUUCAAAACUUUCGCCGUGGGCCAUCUUACCAUCUAUCAUAUUCUUACGAAUAUUCAUAUAAAUAAGGCAUAUAAUGCACUAUAAAAUUUAUAAAAAUAAUGUUAUUUGCAUUUUGUUAUUAAUGUUAAGAAAAUUGAAAACGCUUCGGUAAAGUUCAAGGUUCGUCGUCAUAUAAUAAGAUGAUAUUCCUUAGCGUUACAUUUGUGAUAAGCAUUUUGUUUUAAAUUUCUAUUAGAAAUUAAAUGAGAAAAUAUUGUGUUCAAUGUACAUUUAAAAAAAUUGUAUAGCUGAAAGACAAGUAUAUGUAAAUUCUGUAAUUAAUUUAUUUAGUUACACUUUAUAAAUAAUAAUUGUUCCAGACGUAGAAGUCAU